GACUAAACAGGCCAGGCUGCUCUGUCUAGUUUUUUCCAAGAUGGCGGUGUAAUUGUUAUUUGAUGUCUCUGCUUGGGCUAGUACCCGAUUAUGGGGACGACUCAUCGAGCUCUGACUCCGAAAACGAUGAGGAACAAACACCAAGCACAGUAAACCAGAAUACAUCUUCUUCUUGUCUUAAUAGUGAAGUUGAAACCCCGCUCCCUUUACCCGAACUUGACGUGGGGAAGAAAACAUCGUCACUUCCAUCGGAACUGAAAUCCCGUGCUUUUGAGAGCUCCUCAGUAUUCUAUAAUCCGUACCUUGUCAAGGAAAAAGAAAGGCUCUCUGUUUUAGAAAAACACGUCCAACUUUCUGAGCAAGCUCCGACCUUAAAGGGCAAGAAAAGAGUGUGUUGGAAAUUCCAGAAAGGAAAGUGUCGUUUUGGUGAGAAGUGCAAAUUUGUUCAUAAUACAAUCCCUGUUGGGGCUACAUCGGCAAACGAACCGGAUUCCGAGACUGCUGCUCCGCAUACUUCAGUUCGGACUUUGAGAUAUAUACCGAACGAAGAGGAAACACAAUGGGAGGAGAAAAAGCCAAAGAAACGAAGAGUUGGCGUAACAGACUCGCUCGUGCCUCCAAAAAGGGCCGUGAAAGCGUAUGAACAACAGAAAGUUCGAGAAAGACCCUGGAUGCAGUAAUAGCGCUGGCUUCUAGCGGCAAAACAACAAAAGGCAACUUAUUCAGCAUUUUAUGAAAGAGAGUUUCUUAUUCAGCAUUUUAUGCCAGAAAGUUUCUAAAGCAGAAAAGUUUUUUUUUCAUUUUUUCAUUGAAAUAUAUAUGUGAUGGCUGCAGCCCUGUGUUUAUUUUAGAGUUUGCCUCUCAGAAGGUCAUGUGUACAAGUCGCCUAUUGGGAGAUGAGGGCCUGACAUCAUGCCUGCAAGGUGUACUCAUAUGUAUAAUAACAUCAUAUAUAGAUUAUAUACACUACAUUAAUAUUAAGGGGGAGGGGUUCAUAAUUUUUUUAAAUGAACUCUACUGAAAUCUUGAGAAGUUACACUGAAAAAGGGUCUGAAA